AAUAAUAAAAAAAAUUUGUUUUAUUAAAGAUGGUAUAUAUAGCAUUCAUUUUCUCUCUAGGUACUAGCAAAGUUCGUUGAAGUUGGAAGAGUUGUCAAAAUCAAUUAUGGUCCUCAAGAAGGCAAAUUGGCAACAAUUGUUGAAAUCCUCAAUGAUAAGAGAGUCCUCAUCGAUGGACCAACCACUGGAGUUUAGAGACAAGUCAUCCCAAUCAGAAGAUUGACACUUACCAAAUUCAAUCUUAAAGGUGCAACAAGAGGAGCCAGAUCUGGUGUCCUUACCAAGGCAAUUAAAAAAUCUGAUCCAUUCGCACAAUACGCUCAAUCUAUUGCUGCCAAGAAGGUUGCUAAGAAAGCACUCAGAGCUAAAUUAAACGAUUUUGACAGAUUCAGAGUCAUGAUUCUUAGAAAGAGAGUAAUGCUAUCAAUAAAUCAUUUAUUAGAGAAGUGCCCUCCUAAGCACCCAACUCAAAUCUUUGAAAAAGAACGCUGGUGGAAAGGCUCAAGCUCAAGCUAAAGGAGGAAAUAAGAAGAAAUGAUCAGCUUAUUAUAAAAUAAGUAUAUUAAUAAAUUUGAAUUACAUAAAUCUGC